AUGAGUAGACAAGGCAACGAGGCUACUGGUAUCGUCUCUGCAUUCAAGCAAGCACAGAUACGUCACCGAAGACAGGGAAAGAACCCGUGCCGCACGGAUGACCUACCAGGCGUUGUUGAUUUUGGGUUAGGGGCAGAUGAUCGCAUUAUCAGAUUACAAAUCCCCGAGCGGCUUCGUCAUAGAGAAGGACUGUACGAAGGCCCGAUCUAUGGGCUGAAAGGUUUCCCUGGAUUUCUGUUCGCCCCACAAGCAUUGUCAGAGGAAUUGCAGACAGCCAUUGCAUUCAAGUGCGUGACAGUAUUCUGUGAAUCACCACAUCGCACAAACAUCGAUCUUUGUCCUCCAAAGCAAUCCGAAUUCCGCAAUCUUGACGAGUCCAUGUGGGAGUUAUGGAAGAAAAGCGAAGACGAAAAAGAGGGGAAUAUUGGCUGGAAGAAGGGAUCAAAGAGGCGGAAGCUGCAGCAGACUAGCCAGAAGAGCUAUCGAUCGUUUAAGAAGCUGAGCUGGGCUACGAUGGGGUACCACUACGAUUGGUAA